AUGCUAGACAGAUUGCUACAAUCAUUACACCAAAAACUCCCAACAAUAAUUCAGGAUAUUAUAAGAUUACAAUUAGAAAAUAUCAAGAUGCUUUCUCACUUAUUACCUGAAACUGCUAUACUUGAUCUACCAGAAGAUCAGUAUUAUGUCUUAUCAACAAUCUCUUCAUAUCUUGGCCCAAAUGAUGGUCAACCUGUAUUUUGUUCAAUGACCUGGACUUUAUUCUAUCCUUUAUUCUUAAUGACUUCACAACGUCAACAAUCUGAUAGCAGAUUUUAUCAAAUAUUACAAGAAGUUUGA